AGCUUCACGAAAGAAAUGGCCACGCGCCCACUCUCCUUCUCCACUCUCAUCAGAACCCCCUCCCCACCUCCCCUCCUCCGCCGCCCACAAACCCUAACCCGCGCGCUCGCUUCUUCCUCCUCCUCCUCCCCGCUGGCGCAGGCCAUGGCGUCGUCUCCCGCCCCCAAGAAGGUCCUGGUGCCGAUCGCGAACGGGACGGAGCCGAUGGAGGCCGCCAUCAUCGUCGACGUGCUGCGCCGCGCGGGGGCCCAGGUCUCCGUCGCCUCCGUCGAGCCCGCCGCCGCGCAGGUCGCCGCCGCCUGGGGCGUCAGGCUCGUCGCCGACGCCCUCCUCGACGACCUCGCCCAAGCCGAUUUCGACCUCAUCUCGCUCCCCGGAGGGAUGCCUGGGGCUUCCAACUUCAGAGACAGCAAAGUUUUGGAGAACAUGGUUAAAAAACAUGUGGAGAAGGGUAAGCUUUACGCUGCAGUAUGUGCUGCACCAGCUGUGGCGCUAGGAGCUUGGGGUUUGCUCAAUGGAUUAAAGGCAACUUGUCAUCCUUCAUUUAUGGAUAAACUUCCUUCAGAGGCGAAAGCUGUAGAAUCAAGGGUGCAGAUCGAUGGGAAGUGUGUGACUAGCCGUGGGCCAGGAACAACCAUGGAAUAUUCUGUUGUUUUGGUUGAACAACUUUGUGGCAAAGAAAAGGCUGAUGAAGUUGCUGGGCCAAUGGUUAUGCGUCCCCAGCAUGGUGCAGAGUUUUCAAUGAAGGAACUGAAUUCAACUAGCUGGAAUGUUGGUGAAAAUCCUCAGAUUCUUGUACCAAUUGCUAAUGGUACAGAGGAGAUGGAGGCAAUUAUGAUUAUUGACAUUCUUCGAAGGGCGAAAGCAAAUGUUGUUGUUGCAUCUUUAGAAGGCACCUUGGAGAUUGUUGCAUCCAGGAAUGUGAAGAUGGUUGCUGAUGUGCUAUUGGGUGAUGCCCUUAAGCAGCAGUAUGAUCUCAUUUUGUUACCUGGUGGCCUUGGUGGUGCCCAAGCCUAUGCCAAAUCAGAUGAACUGAUUGGUUUUAUCAAGAAGCAAGCUGAGGCCAACAAACUGUAUGGAGCCAUAUGUGCCUCCCCAGCAAUUGCCCUUGAACCACAUGGCCUGCUGAAGGGGAAGAAGGCUACAUCUUAUCCUGCGAUGUGGAACAAACUUGCGGACCAAAGUGAAUGCAAGAACAGAGUUGUUGUUGAUGGCAACCUGAUCACUAGCCAAGGUCCAGGCACUUCCAUGGAGUUCUCGCUUGCCGUUGUGGAGAAGCUCUUUGGAAGGGAAAGAGCCCUUGAGCUGGCCAAAACCAUGGUUUUCGUAUGAGUUCUGUUGCUGCUGGAAAGUUCCAGGUCAGUCUAGAGCGACACUUUGUGAAUAUGAGGCUUGCUGUGUAGCUGGUUUGGAAUGUACUAUAUAGUCCUUUUUCUCUUAUGACAAUAACUACUUGUAAUGGAAUAAAGAAUUAUGAAUGUGAUGUAGCGUGAAUGCCUCACUUCCUAAAAA